AUGGCUAAGAGAAGAACUAAGAAGAGAACACAUGUCGUUCAGAGCAAGGAUGAGCUGAAGGGCAUCCCCAAAUCUAUGGUCAUUAGAGUAGGUCAAACGUCAUUGUCGAAUCAUUCUUUAAACCAAUUGAUUAAGGAUUUUAGACAAAUUAUGCAGCCACACACAGCCGUCAGAUUGAAAGAAAGAAAGUCUAACAAGUUGAAGGAUUUCAUAGUCAUGUGUGGUCCGCUAGACGUCUCGCAUCUGUUCAUUUUCACCCAAUCUGAAAAAACAGGUAACGUUUCAUUGAAGAUUGCAAGAACUCCAAAUGGUCCAACUGUGACUUUCAAUGUCGUUGAUUAUUCCCUGUCAAAGGACAUCAAACGGUUUUUAAGAAGACCAAAGACUCUAGCAAAGGAAGACGUAUUGGAUCCACCUCUAUUGGUAUUAAACGGAUUCAAUACUAACUCCGAUGAUGAUGAAUCAAACAAUGUCGAAAAAGUCGUACUAUCAAUGUUCCAAAAUAUAUUUCCACCUUUAAAUCCAAGUCAGACUCAAUUAUCUUCCAUAAGAAGAGUCUUCAUGAUUAAUAAAGACCCAAAGACAAAUGAAAUUUCCAUGCGUCACUAUUUCAUAAAUAUAAAAGAUGUCGAAAUCUCCAAAAAUUUAAAACGUUUGUACAAGGCAAAGGACCAUUUAAAUAAAUCAGUGCCAAAUCUCAGUACCAAACAAGAUAUCUCCUCUUUGAUUCUAGAUCAUGAUCUUGGUGCUUACACUUCGGAAUCUGAAGUCGAAGAUGAUUCAAUCGUCAAAGUCAUGGAUAAUGACAAUAAUACUACAAGGGUAAACAACCAAAGGAAACCACAGGAACCUAUUGGUGAGGACGACGGUGAAGAAGAGGAAGAAGAAGAGGAUCAAGAUUCAAUGCCAGUGGCAAAGCCAGUAGCAAAUCCAAAGAAAAAGGCAAUAAGAUUGACUGAAGUAGGACCAAGAUUGAAUUUAAAAUUAAUAAAAAUCGAAGAUGGUAUCUGCUCUGGUAAGGUCUUACAUCAUGAAUUUGUCAAGAAAACAGAUGCUGAAAUUAAAGCAUUAGAGAAAAGGCACAGAGAGAAACAGAGAUUAAAGGAACAAAGAAGGAAAGAACAAGAAGAAAAUAUUGCUAGAAAGAAAGCAACUAAAGACGCCAAGAAGCAAAGAAAAUUGGAAAGAAGAAAGUUGAGAGAAGAACAAGAAAAUGAAUUAUUCGACGGUAAAAAGGAAGAUAAUGAUGAAGUAGCAAAGAAUGAUGAAAGUAGUGAAUCGAGUGAUAGUGAUAGUGAUCAUUACAGUGAUGUUCCAGAAGACAUAGAUAGUGACUUAUUCUCUGAAGUAGAGGAAGCCAUGUAA